UGACUGUCAGGGGAGAGCCACCUCUUGACAAAAAGAAAGUAGAAAAAGUAACAGCAUGUGGGGUAAAGCAGUGAUUUGCGGUAACUUUGCCUGGGACGAAAUUGCCAAGAAAAAUAAACCGGAUGAAAAUCAGCUCCUGCUCACUCCUCACCUUAUUCGAGAACUCGUCGAUGUCCGUGUGAAACACGUUGUGACCAGUCCGGUCGCUUGCCAUUCAGUGAUUAUCAGUGAAGACGGUGAUGUGUGGGUAUUUGGCCGUAAUGGGCGCGGUCAACUCGGUCUCGGUCAUCACAAUAGCGUCGAUUAUCCUGUGAGAGUCAAGUCCACCUUCGAAAGCCACAUAGAGAUUGGCGACCGUAAAAUUGUGGCCGCCGCAGUGGGAAGAAAUCACACGUUACUUGUUUCUGAAUCCGGCGAAGUAUUCGGCACCGGCGAUAAUCGAUUGGGGCAACUCACGUUUGCAGGCGACGGUUACAAGUCGUUCAAGCGUUUAACCAGUCUAAACAAGGAAAAGAUCGUUCAGGUCGCUUGCGGAGCGGAAUUUACUCUUGUUCUCAAUGAUCAAGGCAAAGUAUUUGCUUUUGGGUCUCAAGAAUAUGGCCAGCUUGGUAACGGUGCGGAUGGUCAAUUCAUCAAAUCAGCCGGAACACUAGCCACUCGGCCACAGGAAAGACCAUUAUUGGUGAAAGCAUUGAUCGAACGAAAUAUUGUGUCAAUUGCAUGUGGUGCGAAUCACUCUCUUGCUAUGGAUGAUGGUGGCUAUGUCUAUUCAUGGGGCUUUGGUGGUUAUGGGCGCCUUGGCCACGGUGAACAAAAGGAUCUCUUUGCCCCACAGGUCAUUUCCAAACUAGCCGGUCCAGGACGUGCAACGCGUGCUUCUGCUAUUGCCUGCGGUUCUUCAUGUUCCAUGGCUCUGGACGGCACAAACCAACUGUUAAUGUGGGGAAAAUGGAAAAACACAGGUGACGGUAGCUCGGGUCAACCGUGGAUGUCGCCUAAAUAUCUGUAUGAUUUGAAUGGAUGGUCCUUCCUGACCAUGGCGGCGGGCGCUCGAAGUUUGUUUGCAGUAGCCGACACCGAACCUACGACCGUUGCUUGGGGUCAAGUGGCAAACAGUGAACUUGGUUACGGUGAUGAGGCUCCUGCUAGGUCCUCAACGAGACCGCAAAAGGUGGAGCCAUUAGAAGGCAUUGUCACACUGGGUGUGUCCGCAGGCGUUGGUCAUACGUUAUUCUUGGUGAAACCUGACAAUGAAUUGGUGCAGGACCUACCGAAAUGGCCAGCUACCGAGACGGACGAUUUCUGUGUGAAGUGCCGCAAAGAUGAUAACGAGGAUAAAAUCCUAUUGUGUGAUAAAUGUGAUGCAUCCACGCAUACUUAUUGUGCUGUACCGCCUUUGCAAGAAAUACCUGAAGGCGAUUGGUACUGCGACAAAUGUCACCCACCCCAAGAAGAAACACCCAAACCAGCACCACCAAGAAAGGGGCAAGUAGCUACUGGUGAUAAAGUGCCAUCCAAGCGACAGAAAACCAAGUAAGACGAUUAUUUUAACAACUCUACAAGUGGACGACCGGAAAAAUAGUCGUUUUUAAAUUAUGGUCAUCCUUCGAAUUUAUAAGAAAAGAAAAAAAAAAGAAAGGACGAAAGAAAAGAAAAGAAAAGGAGAAGGCAGCUUAUUGCGAGAUGGAGGAAACAUAAACUUUCAAUGACUCGUAUUACCAGCGCAUCACAAGAAACACUUUCAUCUAUAUGCUCUUCUUAAAUUUUCAAGGGUGACACCCUCAUUUGUUAAUAUGGAUGUAUAAGAUGAUGAGACGGCGGAUCGGGAGGGGAGGUUUGGUUCCGAAAUAUGGUUAUGAAAUAAAGAG